AUGCAGUUCACCGAGGUAUACAGUCUUCAGCACACCUUCCCGACAAUCCAUGCUAACCCCAGCCAGCUCCUCACCCUGGCCACUCUCCUCUUCACCGGCGCUGUCGCCGUCGCUAUCCCGGCCGACCUCGAGACCCGCGCCUGCGCCUACAGCUGUGGCACCCACUGUUACACCAACAGCGCCGUGAGCUCCGCCAUGGCAGCUGGCUACGACCUGUACUCGUCCGGCGACACGGACGACAGCUACCCGCAUGUCUACCACAACUACGAAGGCUUCGACUUCUCGGUCAGCGGUACAUACUACGAGUUCCCGAUCCUAAGCUCGGGCGAGGUGUAUGAUGGUGGAUCCCCCGGCGCGGACCGAGUGAUCUUCAACACUGGAGAUCAGCUCGCGGGUGUCAUUACCCACACUGGUGCUAGCGGUGACAACUUUGUCGCGUGUACCUAG